AUAUAUACAUAGAUAUACAUAUAUACACCCACACACACACAUACCCAAACCCACACACAAAAAAACGCAUCGAAAAACAGCCGCUAAGGAAUCCAGUCAACAAAAAAGACUUUGAAUGCUGCACAAAUAUAAAUCCAAUUGGAGGCAACACAGCAAGCGCAACGAGUGAGAAAUUUUUCCAAUUGGGCAAUGAAGAUGGAAGUGCUCUCAGUACAAAAUCACAUUCAGGGACAAUUCGGCGGCAUUGGCACAACAAAAGUUAAAGACUGGACGAGUCCGCUAACGGCACCAGCAACUGCAACAGCCGCGGAGGUGAACGUGGCUGACGUGGACGUUGCGAACGUGGACGUGGACGUAGACGUUGAUGUUGUGGAUGGCCAUCCGGCUUCUGUGCUGCACAUGCGUCAGCAUCAGGCGCUCAACACCCGCCCGCGGCUCUCCUCAUCAUCGUCCGCCUCCUCGACGGGCGCCAACGCCACCGUCGGCAUCAAGGCCCCCGCCUGCCCAAUGGCGGCCAGCUUCGAUAUGUUGAAUGGAGGCAGUGCAACCGCUGGUUAUAUGUCGAACGUAUUGCAGGCAGCACCGCAGACAACAGCGCUGCCCGCUUCGCCGCUGCAGUCGACUCCAUCCGCACGCUUCGGCGCCAUCGAUAAUCUGGACGACGUGAGCGCCAUUGCGGUGCAAGAACUUUCGCAGCAGUUGCAGGCCAAGCUGCGCGAUGCCAAGAGCGAGCAUCUCGCCUGUACCGAGGUGACGUUGCCUAACAAUUUGAUGCAGCGAAUUGCAGCCGAAAUCAUUCGCAUGUCGGAGCGAGAGCCGUGCGGCGAAAGAGCCUGCACCAUAUUCAUCGAAUUUGAGAGCGAGCCGAACAACGUCAGACGUAUUGCUUCGUUUAAAGUGGACCCGGACACGGUUUCCAUAUUUGAGCUUUAUCUAACGUUGAAGCAGGACAAGCGAGGCUGGUCCAGCCUGCUGCCAAAGCUGCUCAAAUAUAUAACACGCAGCAACACGAUUAUGAUCAGUCCCGAUUUUACUUUGACCAAGAACAAACUCUACUCUCCAAGUAGAGGCAGCAUCAUAUGAGGCAUAUGGAAGGCGUAGACGUGGACGUGGGCAUGGUUGAUGGUAUUUUGGAUGCUGCACUUAAAUCAUUACACAAAUCCCUCCGAACAAGUAAAUGAAAAUAAAAGAAGAAGAGCAGCGAAUGUAACAGCUCCAAACGUUGUACCAACUCACGUCUGCGUCCUUAACAAAACCCAUCCAAAACAAACAAAAAACAAAAAAAAUUUAUUAAUUUAAAAGAAACAACAAACCCAUAAAGAGGCAAACUUUGGACCACAAUUCAACAAAUCCUGCAAAACAAAAACAAACAACAAAUCAACGCAACACUAGGAGAAAUAAUAAUAAUAAUAAAAACAAACCCAACAACAAACAAUUAUGUAUUUUGAGACCUAAAAAUCCUAAAAACAAACAAAAACAAAUCAACUGCAGUUGCAGGCAACUCAAAACUCUUAUUGGACUGACUUUUUGGCUUAUAAACAAAAAAGGAACUUUUUGAAACAAAAACAAAAAAUCAAAUAUUGAAAAUAUUGUAAACAAAAAAAGGAAAAUUGUCACUCAGUGAAAACGGUUGCCGGUUAUCCGUUUUUAAAAAACAAAAGCAAAACAAAAAAAAAA